AUGAAUCACCUCAUCACCCGUGCCGCUCACUCAUUCAUGGAAGCUUCUUCUUACAACCCCCCUCUUCAACAAGCCAAAACAAGUGAGUGGCGCCCUGUAUGCCACCCCCCUACUGCAGAGGCGUCCGUCUCCACAAGCAGUGGGACCUCCACUUCCUUUGGCUCCUUUUCCGCAUCCAUUGCGGCGUUCACGCCCCCCUUUGAAGAAACCGAAAUCAACACUUUCACCAACAGUACCAGCAACACCAGCGCCUACAACACAGGUAGCAGCGGCAGCAGCUGCUGGAACGGGAGCAGCCACAGCACUGGCAACACGCCCCAUGCGUUGAAACACCACUAUGUAGGCAUCUUGCAUGGUGCUGCGCCUGCCGUCUCUCUAACAUCUUUGGGCAUUCCUUCUACCGCUGUUUCAGUUACAGACACAUCACCCGCUUGGGCUCAGCAUCAGUUCACCACCACCACCAGCAGUAGCAGCAGCGGCGGCGGCAGCGGGGUAUCGGGUUGCUGCACGCCUCUUUACUGCAGCCUCACACCAACUCCUACCCCAGCACCUCUUCACUCUGGCCAUUCCUUUCUUGUGAAGGAGGCGACCAGCUAUCCUCAGCAAUCGGGUACAUUUGGAGGGGGCGGCAAACCGAAGAACAACAAAACCGCAGGAGCUGACGUUGAUGCAGCCGCCGCCGCUGCUCCAGUUGCAACUGAUGCACCUACCACUGCCUCAGGUGCAUCACCAACAUCAAGAGCAGCUGAGAACGACUCUCGUUGUGUCGUCUCUGCAUGCGCGGGCAGCAUCAGACGUCAUUCUUCCCUGCUGUUGAAUGAACAGCCGUUGUCUCUAACAUCGCUGCCGCAGGAGGUGCAGGCGGCACUUCAGCAAGAGCGAGGGACCCCAGGUAGCAGCUCCUCUGUCCCCGACUGGUUUGACGUUCAGACUGGCUGUAUAAAGAAAGAACUUCUGCCGCAGCUGCCCUCCUUUCGCUCGACGCUUAACACCUCCGUCGCGAAACUGUCUGCUGCCUCCCGCAUACAUCACAGAGUCCGGUGGCCAGGGGAAUCUGCCAAGGCAACUGCGGCAAAUGUGCAUCACUUGCACCCCCGAAGGGAAGCAGCACCAGUACCAGCAACUGGGGGCACGUUCCCGGCCUCCGGCGCACCUUCUUCACCACCACCGGCCGCUGGGGGCCCUAAUGCAAUAAUGCGCCGGAAAUCUGAUUCGUCUGCUAUCUCCCUUCAUUCUCGAGUUUCCCCGCACAUGCCUUUGAGGAGCAGCAGCCAUACCUUUGCCCCGGAGUCCGCUUCUGCCAAUUCACCUAUUGCAGCGUUUGCAGUACCUACUGCAGGUGCACCAGCAGGUGCUGCGACACAGCCGCCGCGCAGCCGCCGAGUUCGUUUUGCAACUGUCCCCUCAGCAAGGGAGUACAGAGAACUGUCGCCUUUCGAAGGGGCAGCAGGGGCUUCACCUUCGCCUCCUGUUGCGUCGCUGAGGGCCGAUUUGCCUCAUCCUUGCUCGACCCUUACCGCGUAUUGCCAAGAAGCAGCAGAAACAACAGUACCAGCAGCAGAACAACAGCACACAGCAAUAGCGGGAAAUCCCACAACUGGUGCUGCUGGUGUUUACAGCAGGUCUUCCAGCCUACUGAACAAAAUGACGGAGAUGAUGCAGCGCCUGCUCAACUACCGGCCGCUGCAGCAACACCUCCAAUCCAGGGAGAGUUUAGUAGAGAGUUUACGACUACUGCAGGCCUUUCGUGCGGAGUGUGUUGGCCGGCCUCCUUCUUUAAGCUAUUUUGGUGACUGCUUGGAACGAUGUGAACAGCUGGUUGAAACAAAGCUGCCCCAAGAGGAAGAGGGACCCCUCGAAGAACUCGUACAGACAGCUGCUGUCCCCCUCUUCUCCAGAGAAGCCUUGCUCAAGCUGCAUCGGCUGAGGCUGCAGAUGCAACACCCGCCAGAAGUGGAACUCUUUCUAACGCCUCUUGAAACCUUACAGGCAAAACCAAACACAAAGACAUUGCAAUAA